GAGUGAAAAUUUGAAACAACACUCUUGUGGACAACAUGGAAAGGCAAAUGGUGAGUUGACUCUAUUGACUAAAUAAAGCAAAGGGUGAGUUGAUUUUUAAAAUUCCAAUUACUAAUCAGUACCUUCCCCCAGGGAGAGUGUCAAUUCAUUCACUAUUAUACAGUCCUGACAGAUUUGAAAAUUGACUUCCCAGUCAGUUGUAAAUAAAGAGUUGAUGUCACGUCUCCUCCCGUUGCUCCCCUCCGGCGCUCUGAUUCGCUGGUCUACUGAGCCACCGGUCUGAGCGCACCACCUCGGCAACACCGGAAUGGAAACCCAACGCACCCUAAGGCACUGCAUCUCAGUGCUUAUCACAACCGGCCGUGAUUGGGAGUCCUAUAGGGCGGCGCACAAUUGGCCCAGCGUCGUCCGGGUUUGGCCGGUGUAGGCCGUCAUUGUAAAUAAGAAUGUGUUCUUAACUGACUUGCCUAGUUAAAUGAAGGUUAAAUAAUAAAUAAAUACAAAUUACCUCCAGCGCACCUGCACCUCAUCACCACCCCUAUGUAGCCCUGGACUGUUCUGUGCGAUUCUUUAGACGGAACUCGCAUGUCGGGACGACGAGAUGGACCUUGAUACCCUCAUCACCACGUCCAUCUGUCUUGACGACAUGUUGAGAGAGAGACAGAGAGAGAGAGAGAGAGAGAGACGGCGUUCCCAACACCUCCCGGAGCCUCGACUCUCACCCCAUCUGAGCUAUGGAAGCCGCCCUGCUUCCGAGUCCUCACCCAUGGACCACAGAUCCCAUGACGGCCCCCUAUCUAGGCGGUAUGACUCCCGUGAGUGUCACGUCAUCUCCUAUCACAAAACCAUUGUUUUUAGUUCCCAUAACGGCGACUGGUUAUGCCUUCUCUUCCAUUUCUACUGCAAUGACAGAUUCCGGAUCAGCGAGGAACCUUAUAGAUAGGGAGCUGGUCUCUGAAUGUGGGUUGCCCACCGUGCCACUGCCAUCUCCGCUACACGUCACCUCACUGGACAAUAAACCCUUUUGGGUCAGGCACCAUUACGCACGUCACUCUCCCCAUCACCAUUCCCACACUACCGGAGCACCACAAGGAGCUGUCAUUCCACAUCGUCACGUCACCCCUUCACCGGAUCAUCUCAUCACCACCCCUAUUUAGCCCUGGACUGUUCUGUGUUGUGUGUGUGUGUGUGAUUGUUAAGCGUCGUUUACGCUAUCUUUUAUUUAUCUUUCUCAUUAUUUAAACCUCGACCUUGUUAAUUCCUGUGUCUGCAUCCUGUCACUUCAUAUACUCCGUGCUCAUCACAGUUGAAGUGUUAUGCCACAACUUUAGUACGAGGAAAUUAAAUAAUGAAUGGAAUCAUUGCACCACUAACCCACAUCACUGCAAGUACAAUUAUUUAUCCUAAAAUCAUUUCACAUGUCUUCUGAUGCAGAAUGUUGGUUUUUGUUGUCUAACAGAGGCCUGGAAGUUAUGACAUGAGGGGAGAACACAGAGCGUUAUUGCUAUGUGUCCGGGACAAGGAGAAGAUGAAGGAAAACCGGUGCGGUAUUGAAGUCGACCGUCAAACAAUGGAGAAGUUCUUUAAGCGGUUUGGUUUCCAGUAUCACAUUGUACUCGACAAAACAGCUCAGGUAUGACAAUGGAAAGUUAUGUUACACCAUUUACACAAUCAAUCAAAUAAGUAUAUAUUUUUUAAACAUGAUCUCAUUGAUUGAUCAAUGUAUUAUUCCAUUCAGGAAAUGAAGCAGGAGGUGAUAGACUUCAGAAACGGCGUCAACAGCAGCAGUGGAGACAUCAGCUGUGUGUUUGUGGUGACUUCGUCUCACGGACAUCGGGAUGUCAUCAUAGGUGCAGAUAAAAAGAGGCUGCCAGUAAAAGAUAUAAUCGAACCGUUUGGAGACGAGCUGUGUCGCAAGAUGAAGGGGAAACCUAAGAUCUUCAUCAUAGAUGCCUGCAGGGGGAGUACGUUUACACUUUCCUACCUAGAUCAGUACAUUUUGUGAUCUCAACCUAGCCUCUUUUAGAAUCUGAGGGUGAAAUAUUUACACACUCGUCUCCAACAUGUUGGCUCAGCAUUCCAAAACAGUCCCAUUACAAGUCAGAAUGUUGAAACAAACUUCAUUUCAACUUACUUUACCUGUUGUCUGACGAUUUUUGUCCCUAUGUAGGAGGUAAUCUGAAAUAAUAUCCACACGGAAAUGUUACCUUCAGUACGCAGUAUACAGCACUGAACAAAAAUAUAAAUGUAACAUGCAACAAUUUCAACGAUUUUACUGAGAUAGAGUUCAUAUAAGGAAAUGAAUUAAUUAGGCCCUAAUCUAUGGAUUUCACGACUGGGAAUACAGAUAUGCAUCUGUUGGUCACAGAUACCUUGAAAAAUGGAUUUAAAAAAAACAAACAAAAAAAGCUAGGGGCGUGGAUCAGAACCAGUCAGUAUCUGGUGUGACUGCCAUUUGCCUCAUGCAGCGUGACACAUUGUGGCCUGUGGAAUGUUGUCCCUCUCCUCUUCAAUGGCUGCGCGAAGUUGCUGGAUAUUGGUGGGACCUGGAACACUACGUCAAUCCAGAGCAUCCCAAACAUGCUCAAUGGGUGACAUGUCUGGUGAGUAUGCAGGCCAUGGAAGAACUGGGACAUUUUCAGCUUUCAGGAAUUGUGUACAGAUCCUUGCGACAUGGUGCCGUGCAUUAUCAUUGCUGAAACAUGAGGUGAUGGCGGCGGAUGAAUAGCACGACAAUGGGCCUCAGGAUCUCGUCACGGUAUCUCUGUGCAUUCAAAUUGCCAUCGAUAAAAUGUAAUUGUGUUUGUUGUCCAUAGCUUAUGCCUGCCCAUACCAUAACCCCCCCGCCACCAGGGGGCACUCUGUUCACAACGCUGACAUCAGCAAACCGCUCACCCACAUGGUGCUGUACAUGACGUCAUCAGCCCGGGACAGUUGAAACCGGGAAUCAUCCAUGAAGAGCACACUUCUCCAGCAUGCCAGUGGCCCAUCGAAGAUGAGCAUUAGCCCACUGAAGUCGGUUACGACACCGAACUGCAGUCAGGUCAAGACCCUGGUGAGGACGACGAGCACGCAGAUGAGCUUCCCUGAGACGGUUUCUGACAGUUUGUGCAGAAUUUCUUUGGUUGUGCAAACCCACAGUUUCAUCAGCUGUCCGGGUGGCUGGUCUCAGACGAUCCCGCAGGUGAAGAAGCCGGAUGUGGAGGUCCUGGGCUGGCGUGGUUACACGUGGUCUGUGGGAGGUCCUGGGACCAACAUGCCGCAUUUAUAUUUUUGUUCAAUGUAUUUUCAAUACUGAUGCAAUUCGCACGUAGAAAAAAAACACUUGCACAAUAUGGCCGAACCUAACUGAACCACAGACCGAACGGCAAACACUUUGUGCUGAUUGCUAGGAAACGUGCUUUGGUCAACUACGUUCGGUUACAUUGAGCUAUUGUUUACAUAUUGUGCAUCACGUGCAAUGGGUCAACAGGUUGAAAAUACAACUGACAGAAAAUGAAAGUUGUGGAAAAUAAACACUUUCUUGUCAACUCCAUCUCCACCUCCUACAGCUAAAAGGACCAACAGCACGUACAACCAGUAAAAAGUUCAUGGAUGAAUUUAAAAGUGACAAGCCAUUUCAGACCAUCCUGAUCGAUCCUAAACUACAUUAUACUGACGUCUUUACGUAACCACCUGACUGACCCCCCCUCAGUCACCUCGCAAAUCUAUAAUCAUGAAACUACACCUACGUUUAUUAUCUGAUUUAUGUAGACUAACUGUCUUGCCAUGUUUUAUGUUUAAAGGCAACCGUGAUACUGGAGUUAUAUUUGAUUCUGCUGCUGAUGAAAAACGAUCAAAGGAAGCCAUGGCUACAAAAGAGUACCGGUCCACUCGAGUGCCACCAUGCAUCAACGACAUGCUGGUUGCAUAUGCAGCCAUGACAGGUAAUUGUACUUGUGUGAAUGCUUGGAUAUUUUUCAAGAGCUAUAUAUUUUUUGUUUGUUUAAAAAAAAAGACAUUUAAAAAAAGACAGUUGCAGGCUUUGGUUUCUCUCUUGAUUUAGUUUUCGAGGUUUGUUCAGGUUGAGAGAAUGCCAAGAGUGUGCAAAGCUGUCAUCAAGGCAAAAGGUGGCUACUUUGAAGAAUCUCAAAUAUAUUUUGAUUUGUUUUAACACUUUUUUUUUGGUUACUCCGUGAUUCCAUAUGUGUUAUUUUAUAGUUUUGAUGUCUUCACUAUUGUUCUGCAAUGUAAAAAAUAAAGAAAAACCCUGGAAUGAGUAGGUGUGUCCAACCUUUGACUGGUACUGUGUGUGUAAACAAACAAGUGUUCUAAAAGUUCUGCAAAAGAACAAGUCAUUGACAGAUAAUGUUCUUCUUAUAGAUUAUGUGGGCGUGAUGGACAGCACCUCUGGAUCACACAUGAUUUACAACAUUAGUCAAGUGUUUUCCUCACCUGAUGCAGCAGGAGAACAUCUCUAUAACUUGUUUGUGAAGGUACAGUGUUUUUGGCAACUUUUCUAUUCAUUGUUAAAAGCUAUAAUUAGGUAUCUGGGGAAUCUGUUCAAUGGUCAUUUCAAUUUCUUGAUAUUACCUGUUGAUUCUUGAAGAAUAUAACCUAAAAAAAUACCUCACAACUGUGUUUUUCUUUCAUAACUCAACGUAUAAAAUUUGAUUCCUCCAAUGUUUACAUACAACACCAAAAAAUAAACCAGAACACAUUAUACAAAUCAAUGACACUUCUAAAAACCCAAAUCUGCAACAAAUGAUUUCCAGCCUGUAUGUAGUGAUCAUACUUCCAUUUGUGAACCCGCAGGCCAAUGCAAAGAUGGUGGCAAACACCAUAGAUGUCACAGUCGAUGAAGGGAAGCCGACUCAAAGAAGGGAAUGCCGUAAAAUAAUUAUGACAAUGGAAUCCACCCUCAGGAAAACCCUUUACUUGGGAAGUCCAAACUAAACUGGUGCUAAGACAAUUGACAGCACAGAAGGUAGAAAGUAGAUUCAGCAUUAUUAGUACAUAUUAUUUCCUUGCUCUAUUUUUUUCAAAUGUCUGCAAGGUCUUCCCACUGUAUAAUCAGUCUAUUCCUCUAUUCUUUUACAUUUUUAAGAAAUUCUUAAACCAGUGGUCACCAACCUUUUCUGAGUCAAGAUCACUUUUUGAGUCAAAAUGCUCUACCGCUCAGAUUUUUAAAAUACAUUACUUUAAAAAAUGUAAGUCUAUGCAACAUUAAGCAAUUAAAACCAGUUCUGUAGCAAUGAGGUUUGUGCAGUAAGCUAUAGGCCCAAUACAUGAUCACCACAUACUGGGACACAUUCUUCAUGCACUGCAUUAUUUCUGUCUCAUGCACCAAUUCAUGUUGUUACUCCUAUGAGCAGAGGAGGUAAAAUAUUCCUCGAUAUUAAAAAAAAGACACAAGCCACUACUGAUAACAACGCAAGCUUAUCAAAACACUUUCCCAUACUCAUUCAUUACAGCUGCAGUGCUGGUUGUAGCUUGAGUGGAAGUAGGGAGAAUGCACAUGUUAUGGCUUGUUGACAGUGCUGAAUAACACAUAUAAACCUACUCAUAAAAACAACAGCUCUUUGCUGUAUUUAUCGAGUCUCUCUCUAGUCAUGGUUUUAAAAAUGUUCAUCUCAGCAGUAUCAACUAUGCUGUGCGUUCGAGGCUUUAAUUUUACAGUCUAUGGCUCGAGGAAACUGUGCAGACAUGGUGAUCUGAGCUAUCUGAUUGGCCAGCGGUAGGCCUGUAGAUGCACUUGAUUUGCUCUCUGGGCCUGCCGGGUAGACGGAGUUCCACCUUCAGACACAUGAAAUGAAAUGGUUCAAAAUGGGAACACGUUGCCUUCCCGGCACUAGGGCUGCUGAAUCAAGUGCACCUACCGCCAACAGCGUGAAACAAAAAUAAUAAUAUAUCCACAGAGUUUCUAAACCCAGAGGCGCAACACCGCGAGGCUUCGGUGAACGCUUGUGAAACAGGCCAAUCAGACCAGGCCGGGGUUUGGGGUAUGAGAAGUCAAUGAGAGAAGUGACAAGUCUUCCUUAGUUCUACAUGUUCUCCUAAUCUAAAGGCACAACCUAGUCUUCCUUAGUUCUACAUGUUCUCCUAAUCUAAAGGCACAACCUAGAUUUGAGCCAAUGUCUUAAGUAGUUGAACAUGUUAUUACUAGAACCUUGUGAAAGUGACAAACUGAAACGUUUUCAUUUUUUGUCAAAAAACAACUUAAUAUCAAAGGAGUGCCUUUUGAAUUGACGGCCCUGCACAUGCGCAGUUUGGCGCCAGACGACGGUUAGACCCAAUGACGUGUUUCUGCGCAUGAGCUUAGCUAGCCAACGUCGCCAUGACAUCGCCUACAAGUGUGAUCGGAGAUUUCUAUUGGAGAAGCAGUUUUAGCCUGUAUUCAUACUGUACUGUCUUUGCCUUAUCGUUUAUUUUAUUUUUUACAGAAAUGUUCUGUGAUGCCUUGGAGAUCGACCUAGUUGGUGACCACUGACUUAAACUGUAAAGUUGCAACCAUUUAAUAACCUUUUUUGGGUGGGGGGGUGAAACAUGUAAUUGUUAUAGGUUGAUUAUAUUUUAAUCUGCUGUUUUUCUACCAAACUGGUCUGAGCUUGUUUAUCAAUGGGUAGUUUGCUGAAAUACGUCUAAAGACAUGUUGAUUGAGGGGGACAUUAUAGAGGAAUAAAAAUGACUUCAUGCUUUCACGUGAUUUUUCCAUUUUGUCUUCCUUUUGUGCCCAAGACUUUGGUACUUCAGCAAAAGCAAAUUCAACGUCAUCUUAAAAUAAGACCUACUCCAAGAAAUGGUACAUAUUUUCUCCAUAUAGUUCUGUAAGGGUGACGUUUCUUUAAGAAACAGUGAUGAGCUAUCACCAGUUGAAUAGGAAGAGCAAAGCAUUCCAAGUGUGUUCUGUAGAUUUAGCAUUAGGUUGUAUUGGCACAACCACCCUGCACUGCACACCUCCCACCACUAGAGGGCAGCAGCAGCAGCUCCUUCUCUCUACACCUCCCACCACUAGAGGGCAGCAGCAGCAGCUCCUUCUCUCUACACCUCCCACCACUAGAGGGCAGCAGCAGCUCCUUCCUCCUCUCUGCACCUCCCACCACUAGAGGACAGCAGCAGCUCCUUCCUCCUCUCUGCACCUCCCACCACUAGAGGGCAGCAGCAGCUCCUUCCUCCUCUCUGCACCUCCCACCACUAGAGGACAGCAGCAGCUCCUUCCUCCUCUCUGCACCUCCCACCACUAGAGGGCAGCAGCAGCUCCUUCCUCCUCUCUGCACCUCCCACCACUAGAGGACAGCAGCAGCUCCUUCCUCCGCUCUGCACCUCCCACCACUAGAGGACAGCAGCAGCUCCUUCCUCCUCUCUGCACCUCCCACCACUAGAGGGCAGCAGCAGCUCCUUCUCUCUACACCUCCCACCACUAGAGGGCAGCAGCAGCUCCUUCUCUCUACACCUCCCACCACUAGAGGACAGCAGCAGCUCCUUCUCUCUACACCUCCCACCACUAGAGGACAGCAGCAGCUCCUUCUCUCUACACCUCCCACCACUAGAGGACAGCAGCAGCUCCUGUAGUACACUUCCUGCUCCAUAG